GAUGCGGGGAAAGCCCUCGCGAUCUCUCCUCCGCCGUUUACUCGAGCAGUCGUCUCUUCUUCUUCUUCCUCGCUCUCCCGCGUUCUUCCAUUCCCAUGAUCGUCUCAGAUGUCAUGGUUGUCGGCCACCGAGGAAGUGCCACCAGGUUUGGCUCUCGUACCCCUUCUCAACUUGUUGUGCUUCAAAGCCUAGAUCGAUUCCAUCCCCAAAUGCGGCGAACAGUGUUAGGAGUGGCAGUGGUGAGGUUGAAUUGGGACCGAUAUUGCAUAUCGGUAUCGGGAAAUCUGUUCUCUCUAGGUGUUCUUUCCUGUGGGCGAAAAAAACUGACACCUUUGUGGAGGAAUCGUCUUUGCAAGACAUCCUCAAGGUAUAUGGAGAUCUGGCCCCUGAGAGAACUCGCCGUUUCUGGAGAGCUUCGGAACUGAGACCUGCAGAUUUCCUUGAAAUUCUUCUGGGUUUUGGAGAUGGCGAUUUGAGUUUGAGACAGGUUGAUUUUUUGUGGAAGUUGUUCAGAUGGGCUGAGAGACAGACUCCAGGUUUUAAUCACCUUCCCAGGUCUUAUGAAGCCAUGGUUUUGUUUCUCACGGGAGCUCACAAAUAUGAAGAUGCAGAAUCCUUACUUCUAGAAGCUGAAUCAAACGAGAUUUGGUUUAACUCUGUCCCACUGUUUAGCAUCAUAAUUCAAGGCUAUGCUGAAUAUGGAAAAUCAGAGAAGUCAUUGGCUCUGUUCGACAAAGUCAGAGAGAGGGGUAUAAUACCAUCGCCAUCAACUUAUCAAGCUCUUUUAAGCCUUUUUACAAAACAUAAGAAAAUUGAGUUGGCUACAAAAGUGUAUUGGGAUAUGGUUGAGGUUGGUUUAGCAUCAUAUUCUGAAGACUGCAUCCUGAAUACCAUUGUUGAUGGACUGACAAAUAGCAACAAAAUCCUUGAGGCCUUAACCUUGCUCAGGAAGCUGAGGAGUUUGGGUAUCACAGCGAGCAAUUCCGCUCUUUCAUCAGUUGCUUUAGGAUUCUGCAAAAAGAAGGAUUUUGAAGAUAUGAUAACCUUUCUAGAUGAGUGGAGGCAUGCUCCUGAAAUUUGUAUUUGCAACAAAAUAAUUUCUUCAUUGUGCUUAGGUAUGGGAGCACAACAAUCAUGGUCCUUCGUGCAAAGAAUGGAACACUUUGGCUUCAAGCCAGAUUCGACUACCUUUAGUAUCCUUGCUUAUCAUAGUUGUAGGAACAGAAAGCUGAAGGAUGGAUUUGUUUCUCUCUCAGAAUGCUUGUCCAGAGGUUUAGCACCGAAUACCUACAUUUAUAAUGCCCUUAUUAGUGGGAUCUUUAAGAAGGGAUUGCAUAGACAUGCUAAAGAUAUCUUUGAGGACAUGCUAGAAAGAGGUAUAAUGCCAAAUCAUAUGACAUUCAGAAUUUUGUUGGCUGGCUAUUGUAAAUUUAGAAAAUUUGACAAAGUUAAAGAGGUCCUCUCCGAUAUGAAGAAUCGCUGCUUGAUUUCUCUGGAUCCCCUAGAUGAUACACUCUCUAAGGCCUUAAUGUUUCUAGGACUUGAUCGCUUGGAUGUAAAAGUAAAGCGAGAUAAUAAUGUUGGAAUUUCUCGAUCUGAAUUCUUUGACUGUCUUGGCAACGGAUUAUAUUUAGAUACUGAUAUAGAGGAUUAUGAAACUUCCUUGGAAAGGAUCCUUGAUGACUCUAUAUUUCCUGAUUUUGAUUAUUGUUUAAUGCGGAAAAAUGACAAUGUUGAUUUACAGAUCGCACUUGGAGUAAAAGAUGAAUUAAUCCAAUGGGGACAGAACCUUUCAUAUUCUACCUAUGCUAAUUUAUUAAGAUGCCUUGCUGCUAGCCAAGACCACCUAAAACAAGCUGUUGGUCUGCUUCGUGAUAUGCCAGACUUAUUUGAACAGCUUGAUGGUGAAACUCUUAAUUUGCUCCUGCAAAUGCUCAGCAAAAAUGGAAUGGUAGACACUGCAAUGUUUAUUUUAAGGAGGAUGUUUAACAGAGAUGUGAUGGUGGAGAGUCAAUCUUUUAUGAUGCUCAUUGUUGGAGUAUGCAAAGAAAGGGACAUUGAUGGACUCAAAGAAUGCUGCAACCUUAUUCUAAAAUGCUCGUGGUCACCAGAAUCCAAGAGCAUUAAGCCUCUUUUCAACUCUUUGUGCAAGUGGGGAUUGAUUGAAGAAGUUCUACAGCUUUUUGAUAGGUUAAUUGAGAACUAUCCUGAAAUGGUUUCAUUUUUAUCUAUCAGGCUUCUGAAGGAAUUAUGCAUGACAGGCUAUACAAGUGUUGGUUGUGUGUUGAUGGAGGAACUUUCUCAGAGAACUAUACUCAUGGAUGUCACAGCCUAUCAAUAUCUAGGUAUGGGUUUCUUGAAGGAGAAGCAUCUUUCUGAGUCACUAGGAAUGUUGGACAUAUUACAUAGCAAGAACAUGGCCUUUUCUAUAAAUGUUUACCAGAACUUUGUACGAGUAUUACUUAAGUUUGGCAGAAUUGAUGAAGGAUUUGCUCUUAAGCAAUCUUUGCUGACCAAGAAACCUGACAGUGCUAUUGUUACUUGCAGCAUUCUUCUGAGUGAGUUAUGCAGAACAAGAAAACUGAAUGUUGCUUCAUCUCAAUUGCAAGAGAUGCUUCUGGGUGGAAUAUUUCCAUAUGAUACUGCUUUCAAUGCACUUUUACGAAUGUAUUGCUUGUCAAAUAAUUUACGGGAAGCACGUGGUAUACUUGGUAUCAUGGUAAGAGUACAUGGUAACCUAUCUAUUUUAGGAUACCGGAGUCUUGUAAGGCAGAUGCUCUUGAAUGGUCUGAUGUCUUGUGCUAUCCGACUCAAGGAUCUGAUCCUGCAUAAAGACAGAUCUCUACAACUGUGCUUGUAUAACAUUUUGAUAUUUUAUCUCUUUCAAACAGGUCAGCUAUCAGUUGAAGCACUUAAUACAAUGAUUUACAAGGGCUGGAAGCCCAGCAAUCGGAGCAUGAGAAUAGUCGUGUGUUAUUUAUGCAAGGAUGGCAAACUUGGAAAAGCAUUAGAAUUGAGCAAAGUGAUGGAACAUAAUAAAUGGAAGCAUGGUUCUGUAGUCCAGAACACACUUGCUGUGUCCCUUAUUAGAUGUGGUAGCCUUUCUGAAGCUGAACUUCUCUUGGACAGAUUAGAUAAAAAGGGUCUGAUUCCCAUGAAAAUUGAUUACAAUUCUCUGGUUCUGCAUUUUUGCUUGCACGGUAGAAUAAAGAAAGCAGUUGAACUGCUGAAUGUGAUGCUUAAAAAGGGCAACGUUCCAAGUGACACAAGUUAUAACUCAAUAAUUCUCAGAUUUUGCCAUUGUAAAACAUUUGACCAAGCACUUGAUUUCUUUGUUGAAAUGCUGCAUAAGAACAUUCUGCCUAGUGAGGAGUCUCGUUAUGCUCUAGUGAAUGGUCUUUGUGAGAACGGAAGGACUGAUGAUGCACGGAAUUUACUAAGAAGUAUGCUUCAAUUCAGCCUUCCUCCAACUUACAACAUGUAUAACCGCGUUCUUAAUAGUUUCCGUCUUAGUGACAACCUAGACAAAGCAUCAGAGCUUCUGAAUGAAAUGCAAUUGGCUGGACACUCUCCUAAUUUUGAGACUCAUUGGUCCAUUAUAAGAAAUUUGGAUAUAGAAAGUGACAAUGAUAAUGUUAAGAAUAUUUUAGCUGGUAUACUUUCUGGGAGUCAAGUUCCUGUAAAGAAUUCCAAGAGAAAGGGUUCUUGAUAUUCUAGACUCUCUUGUCCAAUUUAGAAAGUGUAGGAAUCUUCUUCCAUAAAAUCCACUCCAUUAAUCUUCCUUGGGUAUUGAUUUUUUUGUAAUAUAUGAUGCAAGCUAUGAUGAUGGUUCUUUUUAAGUUGGCCAACUAUCCUUUUCAU